AUGAUGCGCGGGAUUGUCGCAGGAUGGCAUCGGCUCGAUGAUUCUAGGCACCCAAGGCGGAAAAAGAGGAACGACGCCACUCGAUCCUUUUGCCUUCAACCCUUUUCUCCACAUCUCAGCAUCUGCCGGCAAUGGAAGCCGAACGACCAGUGGCGGGCCAGGCACAACACCAACCUAGCCAUUGACGGGACAAGAAAUAAGCGCAUUGUGACAUCAACCGCAACCAUGCAGGAGGAGGACCAACACAUUCUGCGCAACGAGGCGCGCGCCAAUCCUGACGAAUAUGCGACAUGGGACCCAAACGACCAAAAGCCCUUGCCCAAUCUAGGGGCGGGUAAACCGUUUCCACCACCGCUUCCAGAUCGAGAAGAGUAUGUUGUGGAAUUUGACGGCGUGCAUGACCCGUUGCACCCGCAGAAUUGGCCUAUGAGCAAGAAGCUGUAUAUUGGUGCUAUGCUGGCGUUUGAUGCAUUGGCGGCGACCAUGGGCAGUAGUAUUUUCAGUGCGGCCACGGCACCGGUGAGUAGGGAGUUUGGUGUUGUGCGGGUUGUGGGGACGUUGGGGACGAGUUUGUUUGUGUUUGGCUAUGCGUUUGGUCCGUUGAUGUGGGCGCCCUUUUCCGAACUAUCAGGCCGCAAACCACCACUCAUCCUCGCUGCUCUGGGCUUUGCCAUCUUUAGCAUCGCCGUCGCUGCAGCAAAAGAUCUCCAGACCCUUCUCAUCUGCCGUUUCUUUGCCGGCGUCUUCGGUUCCUCCCCACUCGCCAUUGUCGCCGCUGUCUUUGCAGACAUGUUUGAUAAUCGACUCCGCGGUCUCGCCGUGGCCGUCUUCAGCGUGACUGUCUUCAUGGGUCCAUUACUAGCUCCUUUUAUCUGGAGCUUCAUCACGGAAUCUGAGCUAGGGUGGCGGUGGACAGAGUACGUGAGCGGGAUCAUGGGGUUUGUGGCAUUCGGUCUACUGCUCUGCUUCAUGGAAGAAACAUAUCCGCCCGUUGUGCUUGUGCAAAAAGCCAGUGAGUUGAGGCGAAGGACAAGGAACUGGGGGAUUCACGCCAAGCAAGAAGAAAUUGAAAUUGACUUUAAAGAACUCAUCAUUCAAAACGUCAGUCGUCCAAUGCGCAUCCUCUUCACCGAGCCCAUUGUUUUCCUCAUCACUUUUUAUAUGAGCUUUAUAUACGGUCUACUUUACCUCUUCCUCACCGCCUACGCUCUCGUCUUCCAAGGUGUCUAUGGCUGGUCCUCUGGCGUCGCAGGCGUCGUCUACUAUGGCAUGGUCGUUGGCGAAAUGAUUGCCUUUAUUGUCAUCGGUGGAGAGAUUGGAGAAUGA